AUGGAAGGGCAGAACUCCGGCGCGGCCUCACUUGGGGUGUCUGCAAAGAACCUUUAUAGCAUUGGACAAUACAAUGAAGUUCUCUCGGGUUGCUGGCCGGACUCUCUGAGGUGGCAGUGCUUGCCGAGUCUGAUGCGGGCUGAGUCUGCCGGCAGCAAGCGAAAUAAUUCCCCAAGGCAUUAUUCAUCAUUGACGGCGAGUACGGAGCAGCAGCGGCAGCUGCCUCUGUGUACCGACGCUUCCGGCGUCUAUGUGGCUCUUUCUAACAUCAGAAGUGACGGGGGUGAGGAGGUGCCCUCGGCGUGGAGGCCGGCCUUCAUCCCUCCAGCAGGGGUUAGUGGCCCCAAACAGACGCAGGAGAAGCCAGUGCCACCCUCGCCGGAGUUGCCCGAAAAGGUCAAGGUAUCCAUGAGUAAGCGCUGGACUCCAUACAUUAAUGGUGCCGUCCGGCGCUAUAAGGUGCCAUCGAAAGUUGGGAUUAGACGGGAUGUUGCUGAGGCGACACGGGGGUGCCCGUUUCGAUAUCUCGAGGAGAUGGCGCAGGUUCACGCGGAGGAGAUGGAUGGGAGGCGUCGCUUUUACGAUGUAAUUGUACCGCAGUUAACGCUCCCCACACAGUUCGUUUUGCAUGUACCGGACGCGGAUUCCAGGCGAGUGGCGGACGAGGCGCACCCCAAAGCAAAGAUGCUGGCGAAUGCUGAGGCUUCGAUGGAGUUACUGCGACGAAGGGUGCUCUUUGACACAACCCUGGGUGCAGUGAAGCCGUACGCCCUGGGAGAGAGUAGGGAUUGUCAGAAACUGCAGCAGAAGCGGAGAAAAAUGAGGCCGGGAGAGACACCUUUAUUCAUGCCACCGUCCGCUCUCUCACAAGAUCCAAUGGUAGUCUUUGCAGAGGCCAUGCGAUACCAGCGACCCGGGUUGGGGAUUUACUCCUUUGAUGUAUACUGA